GAAUCACUUGCGACGUCUUCACCAAUGUACGCACGGACUUUCCAGACAGCGGACUUAUGGGAAUGCCAGUGACCUUCGAUGUAUAUUUCAUGUCGAAUGACUGGAUGAGCGACAAUGACGUGGGCAACAACGAAGACAGCGUGGACACUCCGGUUCGACUUGAAAUCUCGGCGGUGGGGAGUGGAUACUUUUUGUCGUAUGAUUUCUACAAUUUUGAUCAAGAAAACCCAGUGUUGAGGCGCUUUGAUAUUUCAAAAUGCUACACAGACCAAAAUAAGAUCAACUUCGAGAUAACUUUCCCCGGUAACUAUAACGAUUUCCUACUGAACUAUCAGACCAUUCUGGAAGAACUUGCGUUGGUGGUUCUCGCAAAGACAGCAGGUCUGUCACCUAUCCGAAUACAACGCCUAUCAUCGCACUGGGACACGAAGAACGCCUACCUCGUCGGAACCAUUCUUGAUAAGGCCCCUGACCUGGCCAGGUACCGGCGUUGGCCAAAUCUGGUGGCGCACUUCAAAGACGACGCCACUGUACAAAACAUCAAGGACGCCGUCAGUUGUUCUGCCGUCUGUGAAAAGCAGCAAGUAACUUGCAACAGCUUCGACAUCUGCCCAGGACAACAGACAUGCGAUUUGAGUUUGAAUUACACCUCUGAUGGAACGGUUCUUCAAAGCAGCGACACCUGUGAUCACUAUUCGCGUGUGUUGACGGGAACAGUGGACCAUGAGACACCUUUAGCUAUGGCGUACAACCUCAUAGCUGCCGCAGUCACUAGAGGGACGUUUGAUGUACCAGUGGCGCUACCAUCUGUUGGCAUCAAAGAGACGUUUACGGCCACAAGCAUACGAAUGCUGAGUUACAGUGCAACGACACCGGGAGCGACGCAAAACCCAAAUCCUGGCCAGCCGACAUCAAAUCCUGGACAACAGACGCCCAAGCCAAAUCCUGGACAACAGACGCCCAAGCCAAAUCCUGGACAACAGACGCCCAAACCAAAUCCUGGGCAACAGACGUCCAAGCCAAUUCCUGGACAACAGACUCCAAGACCAGGAACAGGAAACAACCCGACGAAGGCACCAGUCAAUUGUGGCGACGUCGGAACCCCACAGAAGUCGUCGAGCAGCGGAGGGACAAUCGCAGGCGUCGCUUUAGCCAUGUUGGCAGUUGGUGUCAUCAUUGGUGUCGCAGUGAUGAUGUUUGUCCAGCGACGACAGAAGAAAGCGGAAAACUAUCAAGUUGCUUUCGUCAACAAAAACUUCGAGAACUGAAAGUCUUGGAGAAAGUCUAAUGCGGACAUUUGCUGCUGCGUUCCUAGUUCAAUGUCUAUAUCCAAACGAAUCUAAACAUUGACAUUGAAAUG